AUGGGGAUAUUUUCUCGAAAAUCUCGCUCAUCUCGGGCAAUUACACGUUUAAUGUGGUGGCGAAUGAUCGAGAGGGACAAAGGUACAACAGAAGCUCAACUUGUCGAAACCAAGAAAAAAGUUGUGCUCUUGGAGUCGGAAAAAAACUCCGACAAAAAGUCCUCGGCUUGUCCAGUUCCUCCAUCAUUUGAAGGGAAAUGCCGUCUUGGGUGGACGUAUUUAGAGGCAACUGACUCCUGUUACUUUUAUCAUGAAAUCACUUACAAUGACGAGGGAGAGUUGAACACGUAUAACUUCAACUCGACACCAUUUCACAGUCCAUUGUCACGAAAGGCUCGAAAUUUGGCUGCUUCACAAGAUGAUGAAAAACAAGCAGUUGACCUGUUGAAGAUUUGCCGGGCUAAUGCGGAGAGGUUGACGCUUCUCAUCGACAGCAAAAGUGAUUGUGAAGUCUUCAAACAAAAUCUGACCAUCUGUGUGGCCAAUAACAAGGCGCUAAAGGAGGAGAAACUCACAGUCGAUGCUGAGCACAAAAAAGCAAUAACACUUAUUGAGAGAUUGGAAACAGAAAAAAGUACAACAGAAGCUCAACUUGUCGAAACAAAGAAAAAAGUUGUGCUCCUGGAGUCGGAAAAAAACUCCGAUAAAAAGCCCUCCGCUUGUCCAGUCCCUCGAUCAUUCAAAGGGAAAUGCCGUCUUGGGUGGAUGUAUUUAAAGGAAACUGACUCCUGCUACUUCUAUUAUGAAUUCACUUACAAUGACGAGGGAGAGUUGAACAAGUAUAAGUGGGAAACAGCCGAGGAGGACUGGGAGAUAAUUUCCAUGGCAGAUGUGCUA